CAUCGAAAGAAUGUCUGACUGAAAGCCCCCUUCUCCCCACGUCAAGUUGUUAAUAUCUAUACACACGCUCGGCGUUCGGUCCUACCUACACAUUCUUCAUACACAUUAUCAUAAGUGAACAACGGCAAUGUGGCACAUGUAUUAGCCAGAGGGCUUGAAGUGAAGAGAGUGGAAGAAAAAAAUAAUUAGUGAGAGUGGGAUCGAAAUGAUCCGAAUGUUUUGAAAAUACGUAGUGCUCGUGGGUGGCUCCUGAAACCUGUACGUUUAAGAAUACGCUUGUAUUUGCAUUGUAUAUGUAUAAAUAUACAUGUGUAUAUAUACGUGUAAACAAGCGAGCCAGAUUCCUGUAAAAUACGUGAUAAAGUAGUUCAUCUAACGUGUAUUUUUUUCAAGUUUUUACUCUUUUAAUUACAACAACGGUAUAUUUUAAUUUUGUUUCCUGAAUGUCUGCGUUGCUUGUUUUUUUUAUCUCUCACACAAAAGUGAUUUGAAGUGAAUUGAAAUAGUGCAUUGCCAUAGUGGCGAAAAGUGAGUGUCGAAGGUGAUUUUUUUAUUUUACUUUAACGCUCAAGUAAGUGUUUCCUCAGAGAGCAGGUGUUCCUGACGUCACUCGCUCUAGGCACACGUUUCGCGAAAAUGUCUGUUUUUUGAUAAACUACACAAACACGAUAAAUUCAUCGACAAUUCAUCCCGCUUUUGAUUUUUCUUCGUCUUCGUCUUCUAUCGUGUACGAACGUCGUGGUUGUUUGGAAUCCCAUUGACGCCCUCCCUUCUGUCACACACACGCUUCUUGCUCUACUCUAGAGACACACAGCUGUGGAAUUUCUUUCGGAAAACAAAAAAUCAUGUCGAAGAGUAAACUCCAUCAUCACGUCGACGGCAGCAUGGUUGCCGUUAAAAGCAAGUUCGAUGCUGACAUAAUUCGAUUUUCCAUAAACCGCAAAGAGCCAAUAGGAUACGAUGAUUUUAGAAAGCUCUUAGCAGAGAGACACAACAUUGGUCCGGAAUUGAAUUUUCUCAUUUAUUAUACCGAUCCAACGGACGGUGACCCAUUACCUAUAAACAAUGACAACAAUUUGGCAAGAGCUUUGUUAGCGGCAAAGCCAUUACUCAGAGUAUUCAUAACGAGAAAAGAAGAGGGUAUUGAGGAAAUGAACGGCUAUGGAACGUUGAAGCCAAAAAAUCUAAUCUCUAGUAUUCUGGGAGGAACUCCUGGUAAACCGAAGCCAUCUCUGGCUAUUUCCAAUCCGCAAGACUUCAGACAAGUUUCGGCCAUAAUAGACGUUGACAUCUUGCCUGAGACCUGUCGGCGAGUACGGUUAUUGAAACACGGAUCAGACAAGCCACUAGGAUUUUAUAUAAAAGACGGCGAGAGUUUCCGCGUCCUGCCGCCUUCAGCUGGAGGUGGAAUCGAAAAAGUUCCCGGAGUUUUCAUUAGCAGACUCGUACCUGGUGGGCUUGCCGAAAGUACAGGCCUCCUUGCCGUGAAUGACGAAGUUCUUGAGGUCAAUGGGAUUGAAGUUGCAGGGAAAACUCUUGAUCAGGUAACGGACAUGAUGAUAGCGAACUCGUCAAAUUUGAUAAUAACGGUAAAACCGGCAAAUCAGCGAGCCGCAUUGGUAGCACCUCGACGCGGUUCGUUUUCGCGAAACAGUCAAUUAUCGUCAGGCAGUCAUCAAUCGACUCAGAGUGUAGCGACUGUUAGCGACGAGGAUGCUGACGAAAUCGUCGAUCUGACAGGCGUUCCACUCCACGAGGACGUGCCUGGUUCGCAGCAUCAUCACACACAUCAUCACCACCACCAUCACAACUUGUUUAGUCACGAUCAAGGUGUGUUGCAUCUGUGAAAUAAUGAAGGAAUCGCCGAGUCGUUUGUUCGUCCUUUCAGUUUGGAAAUAAGCCAAAAACAACAAAGACGGUAUUUUUAUAGAUGAACUCGGGAAAAGAGAGAAAAUACUUGAAAAACGACAAUAACAGCGCUUGCUGGCAAAGAACUAGGAAGCAAUAAAAAAAUUGUCACGGACUCGUAGUUUGCAUCGUUGAAAAGCAACAAAAUUCUUUUUCGCUUUUAAUUGACCUGCGGAUACGAAACGAUUGUUCAAAUUAUUUUGUUUUUAUUUAGGAAACUCAGCGACCCUAUUGACAAGAAUUGUUGAGCAAUUUGAAAAAAAUGAAUGCAAAAAUAUCGAUCAUUUUCGUCGCUCUGCAACGACGCGAACUGUGAGUUACGUAAAUUCUGCCGUUAUUCGUUAUUUCCUCCGAUCCGUUAACCGUGCCCCGUUGCAUAAAUAUCUUGGAGCGAAACAGUUCGUUUUUCCUGUGGUACUAAAAAAAUCUCGGCGUUGUUCGAUUUGCAGAUUUAUUAGGAUUGAUCGAAUAACGGAAUUUCGGAAAAUAUUUAAUCGGAAAAUUAGAGACACGAAAAGAAUAAAUAACUUUGGAUUCGAUGAUUCAUUCGAAAUUUUUAUUUGUUUGGUCUCGAUUGAAAUACAUGCUCGGAAUUGGGGAGGGAAAAAUAUUACUCGUGGUAUUAUAUGAAUAAUUUGUGAAUUCAUGGAAUAUGAAAGAUGAUUUAGGAGGGUUUUAUGUAAUUGUAUCAGUAUUUCGCCUUAUUUGGGGUUUUAAUAAUUUUGAAAUUUAGAAAAAUAAUGAAAGUCAUUUUACCGUUAAUUUCGUUCAUGAAAAAUUAAAUUCUCGACUUCAUCGCCCAAAACAAUCAAAACUUCACGAUGCAAUUUUACACGCAUGCGUGGGCAAAUUUCGCAGGAUUUUUUCGUUUCUACUUCGACAUUAAUUUCAAUAUUAAAUAAUAAUACGUGGUUAGUUUCACCUUGAUCGAAUUUGCAAGCAUAAAACUGUAAGAAAAAUGAACUAAAACGUUGACGCGCCGAGCAAGAGAAUAAAUUAGCAUUAAACGAAUGACUGGAUCAGAGUCCCGAGAAUAAAUUGCGUGGCAGCAAUUUUUAACGAGUAUUAAAAACGUUUUUUUACCCGUCAGUACUUAAUUAUCGUUUAACUCAAAGUGUACUUAAGAGAGCAAGCAGAUAUCGAGUGCGAAGGAGUAAAAAGAAAAGUAAAGAAUAAAAAAUACCGUUAUUACGUCCACUGUUGUUAUUCCGAUGGGAUUAGAUCGACAAUUGCGUCGUUGUAGUGAAAUAAUGAAGUGAAAUAAAAAGAAUAACGAUUCGUUGUCGAGAGUCGUUGAAAUAUUUCUUCGAGCGAUUUUUAUAGUAUCAUAUUGUAUAUACAGUGCAUAUAUAUUUCCGUAAUUUAGUGAAAAAACGAAGAAAAAAUAAUGGUGGCAAGGUGGUAACAUUUACCACAUGUAAACGCGCGUUCGAAUCGAGAUUAGACACUCGAUUGAUUCACGAUGAUAAAAAAAAGUAAAGAAGCGUAUAAAACGACGAGACAAAGACGAAGUAUAACAGAGUCAGAAACGUGACUCGAAUCCCAAUUAAAUGAAAUUCGACGAGAGUAUAUGCGAAAGACGUUGCAUUGUUAUUCCUUAUACCGAUUAACGAUUUUCUGCACAUACAUUCACAGCUGAAUAUUUCAUUCGAUCGUAAUAUCGCGUAAAGAUUCGAUCGUUAAUCGAACACUUUGACUUUUCGUGUUGAAUGAAUGAACGAUGUUGAUGUUUUCCUGAUGUUUAUUAAUUUUUUUAAAUUUCCAUAUCUUCUGAGCCUCCUUGCAAAUUGUUGUUAAUGAAUGUUACUCAAGUUUUUAAACCGAAUAGGAAGUUUGUAAAUAAAUAUUUACAAAAAAUUGAAUUACGAUGGAAAAAAAUGUUCGAACGAUGACGAAGUUCCCGAUUAAGUCUUUGUAAUGGUAGAAAAAACAAGGUCGGUUAUUACUUAUUGACUAGUUUGCAUUUGAACAGUUUCGUGGUAACUUAUUGGCACCAUUAUUUGAAGUAGAAACUUGCAACUUCCGGAAGCCGCGACAUUUAUUGAGAUAUUUAUUAUUACAAGUUAGCGGGUACCGAGACUCGGAUCGGAAGUCAAAUUUUCAGGAGCGAAUGAAUGAGCAAAGAAUCCUCGAAAACAAUCCUCGUUCCAAGUUUCUACAAUGCGAUGUUGAAUUAUUACUGUUUUGGGAACACGACGAUUUUUAUUGCUCAUACGUUAUUAAUUCGUUCACGUUCUCAUCGGAUAUUUGAAAAGCGAGAAAGAUUUAAGCACUUGCGUACUUAGCGUGUUGAAGUUUUCCAAGUUUAAAGACUCAUUUUUUUUUUUAACUCAACUUUUUCGAUAUUUAUCGUUACUACUGUUGUUGCGUGGGUGAAGGGAAGAAAAUUCGUGGGUACUUUUUCUCCCUUUACGUAAUACUAUUACUGUCGUUCGUGUUAUUGACAGCGAGAAAGACAUUUUUUACUCAAAAAGAGAGUCCCACGAAGUCCGUAAUUCUUUCAUUUUUUCAAUGCUCAUCAUGGCAUAGAAAUUGAAUAUUAAAACUCAAAGAUUGGAGGCGUAGCCAUGUUUUGCAAACGGAAGGUUGAUUUCUAUAAAAAUGGAAGAAUUACGAACGCUCGUGCGUUGGCAAAACUUGAGACGAUGAAGCAAAGAAACAAAAAAAGGAAAAGUGCCUUUCUUCGAAUCCGUUACUCUCAUCGUCCAGAACAAUUGAUGUUCGACCUUCCGAGAGUUACGUGAAAAACUCGAAUAAUAAAAAAACUGAAAGAUCGUUAUCGUUGACAUUCCAAACUCGUUCAAUAUUAACUCGUUUUUUACCAGAACGACGAAAAUGCUCAAGUUCUUUCUGUCAUUGUCAAAUAAAAGUGUAUGCGAAUUUUUUCGAGGCCUUAAAUCAGGGUGUCUACGACCUGAAAAAAUCAAAUUAUUACUCCCACGAGUUUUAACGAGUGAAUUUUCGAUCCCAUUACAAAUAUCAGCAGAAAUAUAUUUCGGGCCAAUGAAAAAUCGACACUCGUGUGAUAUUUUAGUCGUCGGACGUUCUAUCAGGCACCUUGACAAUGUUCUUCUGCCGACAUAUUUACACGCGGCUGUACGAUCGAAAAAAAACAAAAUACGAAAAAUACCAUUAGUAUUACGUUUUAGUAUUAUCAGUAUACUAUAUAUAAUAGCAGCUACUAAUGAAAAUCUGAGGACAAAACCUUUGCAGCGAUAAUAUUCACGAGUAAUUUAACACCAAAAGAAAAUCGAGAUUUUUAUUCGUGGAAAAACAUUUACAAAACCUCGAUUUGCCUCUCCGGAAUUUGUCGCUGUCCAAACGUAAAAUACUGAGAGAAUAGAGGGCGUCCUCGAGUAUCAAAAAUUACUUGAUAUAAGAAAGCACCGAAUUGACGAUACAAUUGUCUGUGUCGUCAGAUAAGAGAACGCGACGAAACUUUUUGAGAAUGUAUAAAAUUGAAUUGUGAGAAUAUUUAGUAGCGUCAUAUUAUGUACUGUUAGUAUAUAUAUAUAUAUAUACACACGAUUAUGUAUUUCUUUCUAAUGGCAGCUUAUCAAAUAAAAUAUUUUAUUGUA